AUGGACAACGACCAGCGCCAGUCGAUCCACGAGAUCUGCCUUGCGAGACGACUGAUCAUCUCGCCGGCGAGGCCGGAGAUGGUGACGCUGGGCCCUGCGUCGCAGCGAGGCGGAGUUUACCCUCCUGGAAUCUAUCCAGGAAGAGACUACCUGAUGCAGAUGGGGACUGGCAAUGUCCCAAGCACGAGCGCGCAAACACGUAAUCCUCGCCUGCGUGUGGCCACCAAGGAUGAGGACGACAACUGGUCCUUGUUCUCGAACCCGGACUGCUUACAUGACCGCCACUGCGGUCACCAGGCGGGGCCCCGCGUGUUGUUUCCGCCCGGCGGUGCUGGAUCGGAUGAGAGGGUCUUCGAAUCUCCCACUGGCCCGAUAGGUACGCUGCCAUUGUUCUCUCGAAGGACACUUCCAUAUCCCCAAACACCAAACCACGAUAUCCUGCGCAGUCGGGCCCGCAAGGACAUGGGACACCGGACGAGCACCGAGUUGCCGAGUCAGAUCGGGCCAUUCCUCCUCAAAUCGCAGUCCAGUGGAAGCUCCUUCGCCGAGGGCGCUGUAACAGCAGACGCCGAGCUAACGCCAACCCCCGUCACAAGCGGGAACAAGCCACUGCGAACGCUCCAAAAAGAUUACUACGCCUCUCGCACGGCAAACUGGGUUGUGAAUCUGCCCUCUGAAGCCUCCACUGUCCCCGGCCACAUCAUACCUACUCUCUCUACUUCUCAAAACAAACCCCCCGCCAACCCCGACGAUAUGGGCACCUCACAUCUGAAAGACUCGGCAAUUCGAGGAAAUUGCAUUCCUCUUUCCAAAUCCUUCAAGGACUCUUCGCCUUCGUCUCGCCGCGAACAGGGAUCCCGCGGUGUUUACCUGCAGCUUAGUUUGACCGACUCGCAGAUGGACAAACUAACAGCCGUGUUGUCUCCCGACGACAACAAUCCGCCGCCCCUCCCCCGCGGCAGGGCUAGAGAUGACGAACAGGACGUCGAGAUCAUGAAUCAGGCAAGCGAUGAGAAUACGGCGGCGAGGAUGCGAUCUCGAUCGCCCGAAAAGACGUACCAAUCCACCACGACGCCUUCUCGGAGACGCUCUCGUUCGCCCGUUAAGUUCAACCUCGCCACCCCCGAGAGCCAGCGCACCAUCCAGGGCGUACAAGCCCACACCAGAAGCUCGUCUCCCAGCAAGACACAGGACAGCCGCUUCAAUCGGGGUACCCCCGUGACCCAGAGCACGCCGACACGUUCCGGCGGUCGUGGAGUUCGGAGUGCUCCCGCGCCAAUUGACACGGAUCUUGCACGAGCCCACGCGAGAAUUGCCAACCUGCGGAUUGGCAAGCAGCCCGCGGUCGUCGUUCAUAACCCGCCCGAGAGGUCUCCCUCGCCUGUCCGUCAGCCUAGCCAGUUUGUCUCGCCCGACGACUCUUCCUCGUACUACUCCCAGGACUCGGGCGGAGACCGCCAUCCUUCCUGUAUCAGCCCCCUUGAUAUCCAAAAUGACAUCGAGCCCAGGCACCUCAGCAUUCUCCAAGAAUACACGGACAAGAAGAACUCGACCCGUGGUUCAGACAAAGGUUCAGAGGAGAUGGAGCGGCGUGCAACGCCAGACGAACUCUCGAGUGGUCCAGAAUUGGCUUACACCCCGUUAGCUCCCUUUCUUCCGCAGGGCGCGCCGACCGUCCGGAAAGCGUCCAAGACUCUGAUCGGCGAAGGCGGCUGGCUCGAGAACACAUCGAAGCCCGAACAGGCCGGGUCCCCUACCCGGGGCGGUGGUUUCCUUGGCAACCUCGUCAAGAAGGCAAAGGAGAUGAUCGAAACCAACCAAGACAUCCGCGCCCAGCGCAAGUCGCGCGAGUCCGACAACAACGGCAACAACCACAAAAGCCGUCCGACCUCGCGCAACCUGGCGAUCUCGCUCAGCCCGCGGGAGCAGAGCCUCCUCUACUGCGAGCUCGAGUUCGUCAUCGCGACGGCGCUCAACAACUACAUCACGGCGCAGUUUACGGCGGGGCGGCUCGAGGCGGACCGGCUGCGCAAGGUGGCCGACGACUGGCAGCGCAAGGGCCGGCCCAAGGUGGUGCUGUUCCGGUACGACAUGGAGACGCAGCUGGACCUGGUGCGCGCCCACGUGCACGACUUCAAGUUCUACUCGCGCGCCGCCGCCACCACCGCCAUCCUGGGCAUCAUCGACACCGCCAAGGGCAACGCCCGCGUCCUGCGCCUCCGCACCUUCUGCCAGCCCGAUACCGUAAUCGCCAAGCAGCUGCUCGAUUCCCAGAGCCUGUUCAACAUCCUCGGCUGCCCGGAGGACCAGCAGAUCAAGCUGGCCGAGAUCAUCGCCUUCUUCAAGGCCGCCAUUGAGAGGCGCCGUCUCUGUGACCUGAAGGAGAGGCAGCAGCAACACCAACAGCAGCAGCACCAGCACCAGCAGCAGGGUGGUCACGCUGGUCCCAGUGCGGCCAUCUCGGCCGUUGCCACCUGGCCGGUGCGCAAUACCAGGAGCCCGAUGCAGAAUGAUGACUGGUGGGGGGCUACUGCCGCUGCGACCACCACGGGGCAGCUGAGGGGCGGCAACGCGCCGGGUGCUGCUAGGAUGGAUCCCGCUGGGUAUGAUGAUCUGGAGGAGUAG